AGACGGAGGAGGCGGCGGCGGCGGCGGUGGCGGCGGCGGGAGCGACCAUGGAGGGCCUGGCCGGCUAUGUGUACAAGGCGGCCAGCGAGGGCAGGGUGCUGACCCUGGCCGCCCUGCUCCUGAACCGGUCCGAGAGCGACAUCCGCUACUUGCUGGGUUAUGUCAGCCACCAGGGAGGGCAGCGCUCCACGCCGCUCAUCAUCGCGGCGCGCAACGGGCAUGCCAAGGUGGUGCGCCUGCUGCUGGAGCACUACCGGGUGCAGACCCAGCAGACGGGCACCGUCCGCUUCGACGGUUAUGUCAUUGAUGGAGCCACUGCUCUCUGGUGUGCAGCAGGAGCUGGACAUUUUGAAGUUGUUAAACUUCUAGUCAGUCAUGGAGCCAACGUGAACCACACUACAGUAACCAACUCGACACCCUUGCGGGCUGCAUGCUUUGAUGGCAGAUUGGACAUCGUUAAAUAUCUGGUAGAAAAUAAUGCCAACAUCAGCAUUGCCAACAAAUAUGACAACACUUGCCUUAUGAUUGCAGCUUAUAAAGGACACACGGAUGUGGUCAAGUAUCUUUUGGAACAACAUGCAGAUCCCAAUGCCAAAGCACAUUGUGGGGCUACGGCAUUACACUUUGCAGCAGAAGCUGGGCACUUGGAGAUUGUACGAGAGUUGGUAAGGUGGAAAGCUGCAAUGGUGGUGAAUGGCCACGGAAUGACUCCGUUAAAAGUAGCUGCUGAAAGCUGUAAGGCAGAUGUUGUUGAAUUAUUACUUUCUCAUGCUGAUUGUGACCGAAAAAGUAGAAUUGAAGCUUUGGAACUUUUGGGUGCCUCAUUUGCAAAUGACCGAGAGAACUAUGACAUAAUGAAGACAUACCACUAUUUAUAUUUAGCGAUGUUGGAGAGGUAUCAAGAUCGUGAAAACAUUAUUGAAAAAGAGGUUCUUCCACCAAUUGAUGCUUAUGGAAAUAGAACUGAAUGCAGAAAUCCUCAGGAACUAGAAUCCAUUAGGCAAGACAGAGAUGCUCUUCACAUGGAAGGCCUGAUAGUUCGUGAACGGAUUUUAGGCUCAGACAAUAUUGAUGUUUCUCAUCCUAUCAUUUACCGUGGGGCUGUUUAUGCUGAUAACAUGGAAUUUGAACAGUGUAUCAAGUUGUGGCUUCAUGCUUUGCAUUUAAGGCAAAAAGGUAACAGAAACACUCAUAAAGAUCUUUUAAGGUUUGCUCAAGUUUUCUCACAGAUGAUACAUCUGAAUGAACCGGUAAAAGCCAAGGACAUAGAAAGUGUUUUGAGAUGUAGUGUUUUAGAAAUAGAACAGGGGAUGUCUAGGGUAAAAAGUACUCAAGACGCUGAUAUCCACACCGCCCUGGACAACUAUGAAUGCAAUAUUUUUACCUUUUUAUAUUUGGUGUGUAUCUCUACCAAAACACAGUGCAGUGAGGAAGAUCAGUCAAGAAUUAACAAGCAAAUUUACAACUUGAUUCACCUUGAUCCCAGAACUCGGGAGGGGUCAAGCUUAUUGCAUCUUGCUGUCAACUCUAAUACCCCAGUAGAUGACUUCCACACAAAUGAUGUCUGCAGCUUUCCCAAUGCACUUGUUACUAAACUCCUUUUGGACUGUGGUGCUGAGGUGAAUGCUGUUGACAGUGAGGGAAAUAGUCCCCUUCAUAUUAUUGUUCAGUACAACAGGCCCAUCAGUGAUUUUUUGACCUUGCAUUCUAUCAUCAUUAGCCUAGUGGAAGCUGGCGCCCACACUGACAUGACAAACAAACAGAAGAAGACUCCGCUAGACAAAAGUACAACGGGGGUGUCUGAAAUAUUACUUAAAACUCAAAUGAAGCUGAGCCUUAAGUGCCUGGCUGCCCGAGCAGUUCGGAUUUAUAACAUUAACUACCAAAACCAGAUCCCCAGAACUCUUGAAGAGUUUGUUGAAUUUCAUUAGGUGACUGGAUAUGUAAAAUCUUUAAAUGUGGUGCUAAAAAAGUAAAGGACUUUAAUCACAGACAAUAGAAUUACGUGUUUAUAAAUUCUACUUCUCUAUCCACUACCCUUCCUUUCCCUUGGUCCUAUCCUCAGUUCUAUAUUUGGUCUCUCUUGCUCAGACAUGAGUCAAUUAUAAAUAACAUCCCAAGGAAAACCUUGGUCUAACCAUAAUAUAGUAUCUUUGGAUAUUGGUCAGGUUACCUCUCCCUGCCUCUUUUUUUAAAGGAACAAAUAUAAAAUAUUUUGUUUAAUCGUACAAAGGUACACUUAUGAUUUGCAGUUGAUAAUGUUUUAAACAGCUAUGUACAAAGGUAUUUCUGUUUAAAAGCCUAUCUCAACAUGUGAUCUAUGCAGCAGUUUUGAGGAUUUAACGUUUUCUUUGGAAGAAAAGGAAGAAAUAGAAAAUAACAUGAUAAAAGUAACCCAGUGAUUCAUUGCAGUUGCCCAUUACGGUUGUCACUUCACACAAAAACAAUUGGCAAGUUGUUUUUUUUCCCCCACUCUUCCAGUGAUCUUUCUUUUUUGAAUAAAAUAUAAAUAGCACAUUAAAACAUAAGGAGGAUUUGUAAAAUACAGGAUUAAAUUAUUGUGGAUAAAUAUGCUAAUCUAAUAAUGGUUGCAAAUUAUAAUUCAAUUCAUUGAAAUUGUUGCAGUUUGCUAUGUUGAAUGUGAGAAGGAAUGGUAACAAACCAAUUUGAAUCAAACCAAGUCUUUUUGGAGAACAUUGAAGAAGGCUUUCUAGAAAAUAAGCAGGCUUUUGUUCUUGAACUCCUUUUCCAAUAGGUUGUGUUCUAAAAUUCUUUGCUGAUAUUUUCAUAUAAUUUGUGUGACUUGGAACAGGCAGCAUUUGACCUAGAAUUUCCAGUAAUGUGUGAAUUAUGAAUGUUAGCUUUUAUAAUGAAACAGAUUGUCACAACAUGAUUGUAAGUCCUGUUUCACGCCACCUACCUUCACUACUCACUUUACCCUCCUGUGGUGUCUUCCUUUUGAAUAUGAAAACCACUUUUCCAGGGGGAAUAGCUAGUGCCUCCCUAAGAAGAUACUUAUGAACAGGUGAAAGGGAACCUGGAUACUUUAUAAAAAGUUUCUUUUAUUAGUCUCUGACAGAGGUGGAAAAAUCACAAAUGUGGUGUGAAAUGAAAUUUUUAUGAUGAAAAGUGAUUUGUAUAAUGUUACUUUGAAAAGUUCUUGAGCUACAGAUUUUUCAACAACAGAAUGUUAUAUUCUGACAGGGUAUUGUAUUUGGAAUGUUUUGGUUGUUUUAACUGUAAUUUUUAAAACUGUCAGAUUAAAAUAAUAUUUUGUGAUUAAAAAGUAGAUCAGAAAUUCAGAGGGAGGGAACACAUGAAAUGUGAAUUUAGUUUGUAAUAACUCCAUUUCCUGUCUGGUGCCAAAUGAACUACUCAGUGUGGAUGUGUAAUUUUUGUUUUAAUGAAAAAUGUUUUGAUUUGUCACAAUUCUAAACCUUCAAAUGAAAAAAAAAAACCCUAGUGUUUUAAUUUGUGUUUUAUGUGUAUGUUGCUUUCUGUGGGGUAAUAAUAAAGGUUCCAAUUUAAGCAGUGUAGAACAGAAUGACCAAGCCAAACUCAACCACCUGGGGCCUUAAAUAGUGUAACACCACAAAAUGAAAUGCUUGUUUUUUUGGUGGGGGGAGGCAGGGGAGGGAUAUUACUUUUUUCCUUUUAAAGAUGUUUGGGGGGAAAAUGGCAAGGUAAUUUUACAGUUAUGACAAUUUUAUAUUUUGUGUGUCUUUCUGUUUCAGUUAGAAUUGUAAGGAUUAUGAAUUGGGCAACAGUAAUCGAUUUCUAUUUUGCUAAACUAAGGUUUUAAGAGAAGUUUUCAGUCUGAUGCGGUUUAAAGGAAAUAUUUUAAAUCACAAGCCUCCAUCCAGCCAUUGAGUCGGUAGCACUGUUCCGUGUGUUUUGGUGCUCUGACUUGUUAGGAUCAAGCUUUUUCUAUUACAGACUUAUGGGCCUUCUUAUUUGACAGUUCUAGGGAGCAAAUGUGAUCUUCUUGGCAUUUAUUUGGUGAUAUUAUUAACGUUGAUAUGUUCUUAAGACACCAAAAUUAAAAAUAGCAAAUAUAUUGCACUUCUUUCACUAGAUUUGUUUUAAGAACUUAAUUCUGCUCCCUUCUCUUGCCCUGGACCCACAACUGUUUUAUACUUUGCUAAUUUACAAUGUCCCUAUGAAAUGAUACAAAUGAUUAGUUAUGGAUACACAGGCAUCUAUAGGUUUUAAUAACCCUCAAUUAUUUUAAAAAGGGAGGACUGAAUGCUGAGAACAAGUAAGGCUGUAUUGAUUACAAUGCUGGCAAAAUAGGAGAAAGGUAUUUGAUAACAUUUGAAUAAAAUAUGAAUUGUUCCAAUGUUAAUUGGUAACUUCUGUACUGUUAUUUACAGUAGAACUUCAUUGCACUAUAUUGCUCAGGAUGUAAUUCCAACUUGUAAAAUAAAUUAAGAUAUGUAUUGUAAAAUAUCUGUAUAAAACCAUUCUUGGAACAAGUGAUCUAUAAGCCUGUUUUUGCUUUUCUUUUGUUUUUUCGUACAGCUGAUAUAAAGUAUGUUUGGCUUAACUCUUCCCAAACUGUUUCAACUUACAGGAAAAAAAAAACCAAACAGAAAAUAAAGCUGGUAUUUAUUGGUACCUUAGCUUUCUUCAUACUGUAUGUUGUCCAUUUUUCAGUCACUUGCACUGGUUUGUGUUCCUCCUUUGGUGUAGGGAUGUCUUAUUUUGUCAAUAUUCUUUAAUACUAUUACAGAUCUCAGAAUUGCUUUGUGCUGCUCAGCAAUUGCCAUAUAUGUUUGCACAUACUAAGGGCCUAGAAGUACUUUCAGAAACCACAAGAAUCUUGUUGGGAUUUUGCCUUAUUUUAACACAUCUGGUAACAGAAUUUUAUAUUCAAAUAGCUAUUUAACCUGAAGAAUGGACAGCAAGUCAGUGAAUGCCAACUUGGCAGGAAGUAUGGCAGGGUGUCUAUGCUUAAAGCUGAAAACAUGGGUUCUCUAGUACAUGAUUUGGAUUUUACAACCAGAAUUGGUAUUGUCUUCCCAACAAAUAGCCUUAAGCAAGCCACCUGAUCCCAGCUGCUAUGUUGAAUGGGAACUUUAAAAAUGACUAUCAUUAAGCUUUUUUUUCUCCCUUUGUGAGGUAAGAAGUUUAUUUCCUUCGACUGGAAGUUUAAUGACAACUGGUAAAUUUUAAGGAUGUUCCCAUUACACAUUAACUUUGAGUAGCUGGAUUGUAUUACAUGUUAAAGGUUUUUGAAGAGAGAUGUGUUUUGGGGACAGUAUCUAUAUAACUGUUAAUAAAUAUCUUUCAAAGAGAAACCUAAAGCAAAUAGGGCACCCAAUGGCCAGUUCUUCACUGGAAUUGACAAUUAUUUGGAUAGUUCAAGCCACUUCCAUCUGUACUUUUCAAGCAGAAGCAGUUUUUUAAGGAAAAGGCCUAAAUUAUCCACAUAAUUGCUUUAGAUCUCCAUUUUGCUGGCAGGAAAGUAGCUUGUGGUUGAAUUAGCAAGUAGAUAAAUACAGGUAAAACAUAAAGGGCUUAUUUUUAUGACAGCUUGUUUUUAUGUUUCAAAAAAUUACUGUUGAAUACAGUUAGCAUGUCAGUGCAGAUAACUCUUCAGUCAAGGUACUAUAACACUAAACAGGUCGUUUUGCCAUUUGUUCAGUAGAAAGUUAUUCUGCUGUAUGUUAAGCUUUGUCUUCAGCCCCACUCUGAAAAGCUAUGGAGCGAGGAGAAAGAUUUUCUAAAAGCAGAGCAUUGCCAAUAGUUUAAUGAUAACUCCUAAGAAAGUAUGCUAGGUUUUAAGGCCAUCUAUGUUGUAGGCUUUUUAGCAGAAUUGCUCACAUUUGGGUAGAGUACUAGUUUGCUCCCUUGAAGAUAGGAGAUAGAGCUACUCUUCCAGCCUUGUAAACUUUUCCCUGUUUUGGGAUCUACAGUAGGUAUUACACUCAGACUGGUGGGAAGAAGAUAUAUUAGUUUGUAAAUUGUAAAAUAAAUAUUGUACUGUAUUCAUAUUAGAAUAGUUGUGUUUCAGUUUUGUAUUACUCUUUUAAGGAAGGUACAGUGACUAAAUUGUGGAGUGUAUCCUGACAUCUAUUUGCCAGGUUAUAAUGCUAAACGAUUAGCACCUUUUCAAUUUGGGUCUCAUGUUGGGAAUACAGGGUCCAAUAUGUUGUAGAGGUAGGGAUCUAAAUCAGCUAAAUGUUAAGAAGGCAUCAUAGUGAAGACAAGAUUAAGCUUGUAAGCUAUAAAGUGAAAAAAGUCUUGUUAUUUUAAGUUUAUCCUUACAUAGUAUUGUUUAUGGCUCUUAAAGGUCUCUUAAGAGUUGGAAUGUUAGGAGAGAAGGGCAAAAUGAAAACUGUUCUUUCCUGUGUUGUGUACUUUUUCUUUGCUGCAAAACUUGGGAGUGGGAGAAACAGGGAAACUGUACAGGCUGAAUCCGAUCUCUUUUGGAAAGAGUCUUUUGUCCUCUGGCUUCAAAAUUGCUUCACCCUGGAUACCCUGUUAAGAUGAUCUGCAUUGCUGUACUCCAGUAAUUUCACUGUGAUUUAUAACUUACCAAUGAUGUCAUUCUGUUGUGCACUUUUGUCAAAUUGUUUACCCAAUUUUAAUAAAGAGAGUAAACCUGUCAA